AUGCCCGGCCAAAGACAAGCCAAAACGAUACCACUGGUUGCCAUUGCGACUGUGAAGGCGCGGCAAAAAAUGCCACAGAUCUUGUCGGGCCACCUCCAAAAGUGGCUCAAAGAAGGCCCUGAUUGUGCUGGUGCUUCUGCAAGACCUGCUGAUGGUUUCACUCUGUAUCAAGUUGGCAUUUCUACAGGUGGAUCGGCCGAUGCGCUUUGGCCAGUCACGAAAGACCAGAUCCUCGUAGAGCGCCGGCUUCGUGUUUUGUUCUUCAACGCCUAUGGGAGCUACAGCAUUCGUCUCGAAUACAAUGGGCCCGACACCUCCAAUUACCGCCAGGCGGUGCCCUCGAGCGUGCUGCGCCAUGGCUCACUCAGCAAUGCAUUGAUCGGCAGUGUUGCUGCGGCAUCUGGGGAGUCGGUUUUCCAGAUUCAAGACCUCGAGAUCCCACAGGAAGCAAGUCACAUCUUGGUCCGAGGAUCCACUGCAGCUGGUGAAGGUGCAAGCAGCUCUUCUGUAGUGAUUCGAGAUGCGUUUCCUCCAACCGAAACGGCCAGUGCUGUGCACUUCACGGAUGUGGACCCCGCAGCGGGGCAGAUUUCCGGUAGCAUUGUUCUGGAGGUGGCGGCCAACCAGAGCAGUAUCUCACAUUAUGUGAUCUAUUGGGGAAGUUCAGCUACCAGCAAGUUGGGUUCCAAUCCCCUGGUUCAACUUUCCGCCAGUGCUUCAUCAAGUGGACGCAGCUGUGGCGUGAAAGGACCAGAUUUGACACCUCUGCGUGUCUCGAGACGUGGAGUCAAUGGUCCUAAAAUCGUGAAUGGGCAAACUGCAACUGAGUGUGAAUGGAGAUGGCAAGCCAGCCUUCGUUAUUCAUCAAGCGAGUUCCAUUUCUGUGGAGGAACGUUAAUUGCACCCCGAUGGGUGAUGACUGCAGCCCACUGCACGCAGGGAGCUAUAAACUUCGUGGUAACUCUUGGAGAUUUCAACAAGGAUUCAAGCGAAGGGGUGCAUGCGAGAAGUUACGAAGUCCUACGCGUCAUCAAUCAUCACAACUACGAUUCUGGCACAAUGACACAUGAUUUUGCUCUCAUCGAACUCAACGAAGAAGUGGAAAUGGGUGACUGCGUGGCAACUGCUUGCCUCCCAGAGGCAGAGGUCGCAGCCGACCAAGAAUGCUUCAUCACUGGCUGGGGUACACUGAGUAGCGGUGGAUCCACACCAUCUGAACUGCAAGAGGGAAUGGUUCGCAUCGUCAGCAACGGACAGUGCAAUGCUGGUUAUGCAGGGGAGAUCUUAGCAGACAUGCUGUGUGCCCAAGGAACAGCUGCUGGAGGCAUAGUGGAUGCAUGUCAGGGAGAUAGUGGAGGACCUUUGGUCUGUGCGGAAAGCGGCCGAUACGUCUUGCAUGGUGCGACAUCAUGGGGAUACGGCUGUGCACAAGCACAAUAUCCUGGAGUUUGGGCACGGAUCUCCUAUGUGAUGCCUUGGAUCAUAGAGCAAACCGGCAUCGAGCCCGGAGUUGGAGGCAACAUUACCUACAACAUCAGCAGUCAAUCCAUUCCAAGCUCAGCAACGCAUCUCUUGGUGUACACGGCUAUGAAUGGUGUGGAAAUGACCACCGGCAUCAGCAUUCCUCUGGUGGAUUUUGCUCCAGUGCAAGCAGUGCCAGCAUCAAUUAGCUUCACUGACACCAACGCAUCCCCUGGAGAGUUGGGUGGUACCAUCACCCUGGGUCGAGCAGCAGAUGAGUCGCAGGUCGUUGGUUAUGCCGUCUACUGGGGCACUGCCUCAACGGUCUUUGGGGAAAUUUUGCAAGUGCCAAAGGGUUCAGGUGGUGACGUGGAACUUCAGCUGCCAGCAAACACAAUGAUUCCCUCAGGUGCCACGCAUCUGCUGGGUUUUGUGACCUCCAUCUCUGGCCCAGGCUUCGGCAACGUCUCCGUGCAGAUCACCGAUCUGGAUGCGUCAGCAGUGCCCGGUGGCUUGACUUUUGAGGACACGGAUCCAGCUGCCAUGGAGAUUGGCGGUACUGUGACGGUGCAGCGAGCAGCUACCACCACGGGAAUCACCGCCUAUAACUUGUACUUCAGCAGUGGAAGCUGUACUUCGCUUGCUCAGAUUGUGAGUUUGCCAGGCUCCGGCGGAGGUAGUGUACCUAAUUGCCUUGAAGGCAAUGCUUGUUCUUCCAUUACAAUUUCAGAAGAAAUGCCUGGAACCUACAGUAUUUCCAGAGGCAUGGGUGGAUAUGAGAACAAUGAACAUGCUAUAAUCCAAGUCCAUGGACCAGGCACUGUGGAAUUCACCCGAUUUGACACUGAAUCGGGCUACGAUACUCUUAGAGUUGAAGAAGCCACUUUUUCGGGCACUGAUUUGCCGGGAACUCAGAUGCUUGGUGAAGGCAUGAAGGUCAUUGAGUGGUAUUCGGACUUCAGCGUGACUGGGCAAGGUUGGGCCUUGGCAUUCACCCCUGAAAGUACCUUUGGAGACAUCAUCUACAAUCUACCGAGUGGAACUGCCAUACCUUCAGGGGCCAACAGUAUGAUGGUGGUGUCGCAGACAACUGCAGGAGAGACAGACUGUGCAUCAACAGCGCUGGUGGAUUUUGCACCUCCAUCUGUUGCUGCGCAGGCCUUGUGGUUUACAGAUGAGAAUCCUUCUGCUGGCCUUGUUGCAGGGUCACUUACCAUUUUGCAGGCACGUAGUCACGAUGGAGUCUUGGAAUACCGCGUUUACUGGGGCAUGAACUCCACUACUCCCAUGGCAGGCAGUAGCGUGCUCUUUGCUGUGCCAGCCACUGUGGCGGGCACCAACUUGACAGUGACCCUGACUGCCACCAGCCUUCCAGGCAACGCUUCGCACCUGCUGGCUUUCUCAGCAUCUGCUCAAGGACAGUCGCUCGCAGCAGCAAGUGCUGAAGUGAUGGACUAUGCGCCAGCGCAAGACUCCGCGCAGGGUGUCAGCUUCACUGAUGUGGACCCCAGAGUGGGAUUUGUGGCUGGCACUGCUGAUAUUACCAGGGCACUGGACGAAUCCACCAUAGAGUACUACAAUUUGUACUUCUCAAGUGGACAAAGCAAGAUUAGUUUCAUUGGUUUCAUGCAGGCCGAGUCCCUGACUGCCAGACCCUCUUGCAGUGGUUUGUCCUGCUCACAGAUCACCAUCACAGAAGUGGCUGGAAAGUAUCAGGUCUCGCGAGGGACAUCGACCUAUGGCACCGAUGAGUUUGCCAGCAUUCAAGUGUCGGGACCUGGUCGUGUGCUGUUCACCUACCUCAACACUGAGCAGGACUAUGACUUUGUGACGAUUCUGGGCAUUUCCUAUUCUGGAACUGAAGUGCCACCAGAGAUCAGUAUUCCAUCAGGAACCAUUGAGAUCACUUGGCGUUCUGAUUAUUCUGUCUCUGGACAAGGUUGGGAGUUUAUUUACGAGUCCUUGCGGUUUGACAAUGUUGGAAUCCGGGUGCCUCCAAGCGCCUUGCCAGUUGGAGCCACAGACCUGCUGGUCAUUUCCAACUCAUCAGGGGGAGAAAUGGCUUCAGGAGUCACAACGCCGCUGGUGGAUUACAAUCCGCCAGCUGUGGUGCCGCACUCGGUGGAAUGCCAAGACAACGACAACAGCAUUGGAUUCAUUGAAGGGACAUGUACUAUCACACGUGCCAGUGAUGAAACUGGUGCAUCUUCCUAUGAGAUUUUCUGGGGCAACGCCACCCACCCUCUGUCUGCAACUUUGGGCAGCGUGGCACUGGCUGGUGCCAGCGGAUCGUUUCUCACGGUGUCUGUGAGUCGCUUCGCUGUUGAGGCUCGAGCCUCGCAUCUCUUGGCCCUGGCUGCGGGCUCAGGUGGGGUGGCCGCCACCGGGGCCUCCACAGCACUGGUGGACAACAUAGGCCUCGCUCUGUCGGUGGAAUCGGUGGAGGUCCUGGGAACCCCCAACUCCAUCACCAACCGGACGAUCACCGUGACCAGCGAAAACUCCAAUGAUGUGAUUUUGAAUAUCCAGCUGGACUUGGAAGAUGGUUCAGCCACUAGCAGAGUCACUGAGGAAGAUGGGGUCUCUUUCUCUGAGUCAGCUCCUUCCAGCAGCAUGCCAUCCAUUUGCCUUGAAGGGGGCUCGCGUGUCGCGAAGAGUCGCCUGAUCUUCAAAAUGAAAGGCGCAGCAGUGACCGGGAGACGUUUGGAAGCUCAUGCACGCAAGUUGGAAAGUAGGCAUGGAGCGAAAGUCAAGAGCUUCCCACGACUUGGUGGCCUGGGUGUUGCUGAGAUGAAAAAUGCCUCUGUUGAGAGCUAUUGCCGGCUGUUCACUGAGUUGGAUCACGAUCCACUUGUUGACUUCGUGGAAGAGGACCAGACAUGGCAUGCAAUUGGCAACAGCAUUCAGCUUCAGCCGGAAUAUGAUUUGUUCCCACCAGGUGGAAAGGUGCCCGUUCCGGAAGUUUCCCGGAGAGGCCAUAUGCACCGACGAGCACCUCAAUGUCAUUUGGGCGGUUGCGAAGGAGGAAAGGCGACUCAUCCGAACGACGAUUCCUACGAUGAGUUAUGGGGUCUACAUCAAGACAGCGACUUUGACAUCGAUGCCCCUGAAGCCUGGAAUAUUCACAAAGGCCUUUCUGGUCAAGUGAUUGUUGCAGUGAUCGAUACAGGUGUGGACUACAAUCAUGAAGACUUGAGGAACCAGAUGUGGCGAAAUCCCGGAGAGAUUCCUGGGGACGGCAUCGACAACGAUGGCAAUGGCUUUGUGGAUGAUGUUUAUGGCUAUGACUUCGCUGACAAUGAUGGUGAUCCAAUGGAUACGAACGGCCAUGGAACUCACUGUGCUGGUACCAUCGGUGCUGAAGGUGGCAACUCUAUUGGUGUGGUGGGUGUGACUUGGAAGCCCCAAAUCAUGGCCCUCAAAUUCCUGGGCGCCAACGGUGGAAGUACCUCAGAUGCCAUUCGGGCCAUCGACUAUGCAGUGGAAAUGGGUGCUCACCUCACUUCCAAUUCCUGGGGUGGAGGUGGCUAUUCCCAUGGACUGGUCGCUGCCAUUGAAGCUGCAGCUGCAGCAAAUCAGCUCUUCAUCGUCGCAGCGGGAAAUGACGGCCAAGACAACGAGGUGAGUCCCAUGUAUCCCUGCAACUACAACUUGCCCAACAUGAUUUGCGUGGCAUCCACAGACUCGGAUGGUGAUUUAUCAUCCUUUUCAAAUUGGGGUAUAAAUGUUGUACACAUUGCGGCACCAGGAUCCAGAAUCCACAGCACUUACCUCUACGGUGAUUAUCAGUCGUUGUCUGGAACCUCAAUGGCAACACCUCACGUUGCUGGUGUGGCAGCUUUGCUGCUGGAUUACAUCCCCAGCCUGGAGGCAGCUGUCUUGAAGCAAUUGAUCCUGGGUUCAGCGGUGAGGUUUUCCAAGUUCUCAUCCAAGGUAUCCACAGGUGCACAUCUCAACGCCCAUGCGGCCUUGGUGAUGGCCAGCCAAUAUUCUUGGAUCCAAAUGAGCGGAAGUGCCAUCAGCGCAGGUAACAUCACCAUCCCUGCACAGAGCUCCACAGCUAUCAACCUCCGGCUGGGAGGAACUGGACUGGACCAUGGGGAGUAUCGGGCAAGGUUGCGCAUGUCAGGGACCUUUAAUGGGGUGGUCUACACUCAGAUCAUCCCCAUCCUGUACACCGUCCACGAUUUUGCCGGGCUUCCUGUGUUUGGGGCAGCUGCCCUUCAGUUUGAGGAUACAGAUGGAAGGAGGCAGAUGAUCUCAGGUGCACUUACAGUCACUCGAGCAACUCCUGAACAAGAAGCCACGUUCUCGCAAUAUCACAUUUUCUGGGCUGGCUCUGCACAAAGUAGGCUGUCUGAUGUUCCUCUGGCAGCAUUGGACACUGGCAAUGUUCUUCAUGACAACUUUGCCACCUUUGACCCAAGCUUUUGGUCCGGCCCAAAUGGUGAAGCGGACUCCGGCAGCUCAUUCGGCUCCAGCGCAAACUGGUCGGUCUCAAAUGGAGCAGCAGUCUUUUCAAGCCAGUAUCCCCAUGCGCAUCUGACCCUGGCCCGACGGUUUGCACCACCUUUCACGGUGAGGACCAAAGUAAAGAAAACAACUGGGGCAUUGGCCCAGAUGGUGGUGGAGAUUGGUGGGUCCAGUGCAAACCUCUUUGGUCAGGGUGGCAUUCGCGCCGUAUUCUUCGGUUCUCAGAAAGUCUUGAUCGCUCCUGAGGGGCAGCAUGAGUCGGUGCCAUGCACACUGGGUACUUGGUUUGAAGUGACCAUCAUUGUCCUCCAGAACUCCGUGACUUUCCAAGACAACCAGGGCUGUGCGACCAUUGUGAAGACCCUGGCCAUCACGGAGGCAACGAAGAGCAUCAGAAUUGGUGCGGACUGCACCGGAGAAUGCGCCUCGGCCGGAGGAUCGGUUUGGGAUUACUUUGAAAUUAGCGGAGGCCUCUAUGCCACCUUCAAUGUCCCAGAGAACACCGCUAUCCCAGUGGAUGCCACUGGAUUUGUUGCCCAUGGAUGGAAUGUGUUAGGCUUGAGUAGCACUAGCCUUUACCUGCCACUUUCAGACCAUCGAGUUGCCAAUCGUGCAUCGCAGCCAACGGAUGUGCAAGGAAGCUCAGCUACUACUAGCAGCCUCACAGUGUCCUGGACACGUGGAGGUCUGAACGAUUGCACGGGUUUCUUCAUGCGCUAUGAGGUCGUUACUCAAAGUGCCGAUUCCACGUGGGUUGAUGCGGCUGGUUGUCAAGGUCUAGUGAGCCAGACAGCAGAAAACUGUGUUGUGACUGGCUUGACCAGUGACACCCCGUACCAGUUCAGGGUCCGAGUUCUCUGCAGUUUGGAAGAAACACAGAGUUUGUGGAGUGAGAUUUCAGCCGCUGCUGUCACGCUUCCACUUCCUGCCGUCGCCCCAACACAGCUGCGAGUACGGCUCCCUGGGUCCAGCACGUUGCUCGUGUCGUGGCAGUCAGGACUUCUGAAUGACUGCGAGUUUGUGGAAUCGCUUGUGGAAGGUCAGCAAGUUGGGCAGGCCACCUGGUUUCAACCGCAAGGCUGCACCGGUUUGACGCUGCUCAACGCCUAUCAUUGCACCGCAGAAGCUUUGACAGCAGGCACUCAGUACGUGUUCCGUGUGAAGACGAGCUGUGCAGAUCCUCGAUCUUCCAGCUCUUGGAGCGCAACCAGCAUUCCCGAAUCAACUUUGGAAACUGUCCAAGCAUGGGAAUCGAAUAUCCGCAGACUGAUCUCCAUCAACAUCGCUUCAGAUUUGGACUAUAGCCAAGUGGCCUCAAAUGCAGAUGCUUUUAAAUCCAGCAUUGCCACCCAAACAGCCAAUGCCCUCAGUGUGGAUGCUUCGCAAGUCAAGGUAGAAAUCAUGGCCGGUGCGGCCGCCUCCCCAGACUCUGGCCGCAGACUGGCAGAAGUCUCUGUGGUUUUUGCGGUGACAGUUGAAGGUGCCAGCCAAGGAGAAUCGGAGACCUCCAACCAAGUCAUUGCAGGUGUGGCCACUGCAGUGGAGGCAGAAACAGGUUCUGCUAGCACCCUGUCAGUCGCAAGCACAUCAACCUUAACUCCAGCAAUUGCACCAGAGAAAAUCACCUGGAGCUAUUUUGGUGAUGGGCGACUUCAGUUGAAUUGGAAGCCUCUGCCUUUGGGCGAUUGCUCGUUCCUGGCUUGGCACGUGCUUGUGAAUGCUGGAGGCCCAGCAACUCUUGUGUCUGGAUGCACGAACCUCAUGAACCUUUCGCGUACAGAGUGUGUUGCAGCUGGAAUGGACGGAAGCCAAAGCAACACCUUCACUGUGGGAGUCCUUUGUGCAAACCCCGCUGCAAACAGUGUGCAGUCUGAAGCAAGCGAUGCCUGGCCAAUUUUUGCAAGCACCACAGGCGCUUCUGGGUCUGGGUCAGGACAGCCUACAACUACAACGGUUCCAGUCCCAGUGCUCUGUGAAACGAUUGCAUCACUAUCAUCGGUCGGUGCUUCCGAGGUCUCUCAGAAAUUUGCCGAUCAGCUAGAGCUGCAGGUAACAACAGCCUUGUCGCCAUGUGCGGCAGAUCCCAAUGUCCAAUUGAAGACAAGCUGGCAAUAUCUAUCCACUGGCUGGAUCUCAUUGGAGGCAGCUGGUUUGGUGGAUUCCUCUCCUUUGCCCAACACGCUUCGCUUCCCAGCUUUCACCCUGCUUCCUGGCAGCCAUCAAUUCCGGGCAGUUCUGGAGAAUGGAGGGGCACAGCUGGACACAGUGACUUUCCUGGUGGUUGUCACGGAUUCCGUGCCCAGCUUCCAGGUGACUGGGGCCUCUGUCAUUGGAACUGGCUGUGGAAUUCAGCUGCAAGUGCAAAAGACAGGCGUCAAACAUCCUGAUGCGUUGUUGGCCUACAGCUGGAGCUGUUUGCAAGCUGGUGAUGCUGGUUGCAGCAGCAUCUCCAAUUUUGCUGAGGGAGAGGCAAAAUCCCGUCGAAUUGACAUUCCACCUGAGGAGACUCCGGUGGGAAGCUAUACUUUCCGUGCCACAGUGACAAAGAUCUACGCAGGAAAUGUGGUGCAUUUACCUUCCCUUUCUGCUUCUGUGGAGGUCACCGUGAAGGUGGAGGAGGCUGGACCUCUGCCGGUGGAGAUCACGGCUCCUUGGAGCAGCUCACAACGGAUCUCUCAACAGGUCAGCGAAUUGUGGUUCCCGAUCAUGGCACACGUGGGCGGUGUGGGUUCUGAUUGCAAGGUCCCGACCAGUGCAGUGUUCAAAUGGGUCAUCGCCCGCGAGGCCCGGUUCACAAAAACUCACAGCAGUUCCACAGUUCCACAGUUCCACAGUGAAGACCCCCCCAAGAAUUGGCAAAUUUUUGGCACGUUGCAGUUGUAUAUGGCGUUGCAUGUCGUGGCCAUUGACAGCAACUGCUUGGUAGCCUUUGUAGUAGCCUUUAGCUUCCAAUCACUUUUCGGCAGCACGAUGCGCCUGAAUGCGUGGUGGAUCGUGGCAUUGCCCUCUUUGCCAUUGUGCCAAUCUCAUCCAUUGAAUCUAUUGGAUGCAUUGCAACAAGCUCCCAGCAACCAGCUGUUGGAAGCAGCCAAACUCCUCGAGGCUGCAGAAGAUUUGGAGAAUUUUGACAGGAAGCUGCCAUCUGCCAAGCCAUCGGAACCUCAACGUCCCAGAGUUCCGCGCCGGUUUCGAGCAGACACGAAGUUUGUGAGUAAUCCUGCCAUGGCGGGAGUUGGCCCAGGCAUGUUUGCGCAAGAUGCAGACGAGAAGUUUUUGAGAAUAGAAGAAGUGCGAAGUUUUCCCUUUGGAAACCAAUAUUUCAGCAACUUGCUCUUGGCCAACGAAGCUUAUACCAUCACUGGUGGCAACCAUUCCAUUUGCCGCCGGCUGCCAAUGUUUGGCAUGCAGAAGUUUGUAGACCUAUUUGCUUGGGCAGCCAGCCCACUUUUGUCGGAGUAUGCUGGUGAACGGACAGUAGCUGGAAGGGUGUGCUCCCAGUGGCAGCUGCGGUCCAAGAAUCACUCAUUGAGCUUGUGUGCUGAUGGUGACAUCCCAGUUGAGCUGAACAUGACUUCAUCCAUCUCUGGAAUUCCCUCAGCAACCAGUUACCAGUUCGGCCCGCUGGUCACUGGGGAACAAGUGCCACAGAGUCUUUUUGUGAAGCCUGACGCUUGUGAGGAGCUUGCUCCUCCUUGCGAAUCUGGGC